AUGCCGAUGCGUGAAAUUUAUUCUCUCAAUCUUCCUGGACCUCCACCCGAUGGCCCUUUCAUGGACCCUAAACAAGUUGUCAGUGCCUGCUGUUGGAGUGAUGACGGGCUGCUCGCUUUCGCCAUGAAUUCAAACAAGCCACAGGGUUACAGAGGCAAGCUCGGAUACACGUCUUCGCCCUCUAUCUAUGUCUUGCAUGUUGAUAGGCCUGAGAGGCAUAGCAUGCUCUGCGGAGGACACGAGCAUGACAUCUCUCAUCUGUCUUGGGCUCCAGCUCAGAUGGGUCUGGUGCUGAUGUCGGCGGACAGUCGAAGCUGCAUAUGCGUGUGGAAGCCUGUGAAGGGGUUGAUCAACAGAUGGGUCCUGCACCAUCGUCUCAGUUUCUCUUCGACUCAACUCGUGCACUGGCUCAACACUGGCCCCGUCUACUCCCUUCCGCCACCUUUCUCCAGCGGCAACCCAGCAACUGCCGCACAGCAGACGCAGUCAGCCAGCCAGAACACCAAGGGGUAUGACGGCAAGUAUCGACGAGACGUUGCUCGUAGGGAUGCUCCGACGCCGCAAGGGCAGGCGAACGCCCAGUCCAAAUCCAGCGAGUUUGUGUUCAAGACGCCUCCAGGCUGCCUGUGCUUCUUUGCCCUGAGCCGAUAUGGUGAGGCACGAGUCUUUCUGGAGCUGUCCAACAGUCUCCAUGGAACCGAAUGGGCCUCUGCGUCGACGCAGCUCUCCACACUGGAGUUGCCGGAAAGUCUCGUGAGGACUAGUGCGAGGUCGACUAGCUCGUCAAGCUCCGCAGAAGCAACUUCUAAUCAGGCGGUCUUGUUUGUGCAGUCGGCUACUGCCAUCAUCCGAGACAAGGCUCUCAUGAUUGCAGUUGCAGACGAGAGUCAAAUUGUCAUCUUUUACAUCAAGUGCCGUUUUCAUCCUCUCAAGGUCACUUCCUUUCCCCACACCAGGACGCAGCUCAAGUCCGAUAUCCGAUUAUUCCCUUUGUCAAAGGGGCAGUGGGCAGCUCCUCAGCUCCUUUUGAUGAGCUUCAAUCCCACCAAGUCGGAUGAGUUGUACUUGAUCUAUCAGACGGUGUCUGGUGGUGGAAGGAACUCGUCGGAGUUUGGCUCGCAAGACAUCAUCAGACUAGAGCGAUUGAAGCUGUCGCACCGCAGCAAGUCUGCCAAUGUGAAUCAAGCAAACGCGAGCAUGGUUGAGGUGGUGGAGAUGGCGCACCCAUGGGCCCUCGACAAGACCGCAACGCCUCAGUCGAUUGCUUCUCACAUUGUCCAUCAGCUUGAAGUGAGCUUGGCGAAGUUGAGCGAAGCCUGGGACGCGCUGAUUGCUCUUGGCGGCAUCAUGACCUCGCACCCGAUGGCUUUCUCUAUCAUGGAGAAUGUGGUAAAGCUUCUUCGUGAAAACAACAAGCAGAUGCCAGAUAAUCAACGAAGAUUUUACCGUCAUGCUUACGAGAUCAUGACGAUCAAGAUUCACUCCAUGUCAGCUGAGCACCAGUUCUUGUGCACGUCCUCAGAAGCAAGGUUGCUCCUCUUCUACCUCCUCGACUGCUUCCGGUUCGCACUGCCGGUCAUGCCCCGAGGCGAUCAGGCAGCCCAACGAGCGAACGCUGGAGUCUCGCCAGCAUCUACCAGCAGGCUCAAGGCGUUGUGCAGCGACAUGAUGUUGACCAUGGGGGAAAGCAUCGUAGGGUUGACGGUCUGGAAUCUCAAGCAUGCCACUACCAACAUCAUCAAGAGUGAGAAGUCGAGACAAGCGCAGCAGGCGGGUGGGGCCGACACCAGCGCUGCCUCUCGCAUGCUGUUUGGGAAAUAUUUCCUGCUGGAUCCCGAGGCCCUGACCUUCACUCGAGACUUGUUGAGCUACUACCUGAAGAAGCUGAGGGACAGCCAACCGAAGGAGCCGAAGGACACAAGCGCAAGUGGAGCUGACAACUCUGGAAACACAGUCGCUGCUCCUCCUCCACCUCCUACCCCCACCGUCCACGCUCCCCCUCCUGUUGACGACCUAUCAAGCAUGGACGUCGUCAUGGACCCCAUGGGAACCGACAUGGGGACGUCGACCAUGAUCUUGGACUCGGACAUUCAAACUACGUCCCUCCCAUAUGACGAGUCUGACAUCAAGUAUCUGAUCGAGAUCAUCGAGAACAUUUUGAAUGCUCACAAAGUCCCGAGGAAUGCGAGCGGUACCGAGCAGAACCCUCAGACGGUAGCGGACAAGCACAGGAUGUUCAAGGAGAUCCUGGCUCAGAACAAGGUUGACCCCGAGAUCGGCCUUCCAGAGAAGUUGAACGCGCGUUUCUCGAAGCCAGGGUUUGAUCAGGAGUCCCUUCAGAAUUUCUUGUGCCUGGCGAUGCCGCAACCAGGAUUCCUUUCGAAAGCUUGUGGAUAUUACAAGAUGGACUUGAUCGACCGACAGGAUGACACAGUUCAAACCCACGGACUUCCGUUCAAGCCCCUCGAGAAGAAGAGAACCUUCGAUGAAUACACGGCAGAGGAGCUCACGGGAGGAUCGAGCGACGCCAACCCGGGCAAGCGGCGAGCUCUCGAUGUCCUCACGAGGAUGCGCGUCAAUGGCAACCCUACCCGCGAGUGCACCGCGACUGGUCGAGUCACGAGUGCGCAGCUGGGAAAUCCUCUCUACGACCGUUGGAUGUACGCGUGCCCCGUGUCGAGCGGGAAGUGGCGAGCGCCGCUGGAGUGGGACUGGGAGUUUCAAGGAAGCCAGUCGGAAGAAGCCGUGACCUACUUGCAAGCUCCUCCGCCGUGA